CUGUAUUUUUGGAUGAGGGACUCCCGAAUUAAGCGAGCUGGAAGAAAGGUGUAGUGUGUGGGAAGCAGAACAAGUAGUGUGCUGUGCUGCAGAGUGUGGUGGAGUGGGGCAGACCGGGAGCCGGGGGUGGACUAACGGACACACAGGCGGCCUGACGGAGCUGCAGGGGUGACUCCAGUGGGGGAGACAGAGCCUGAGCGGUCCACUGGAUCAGGAAGCCUCUGUAGAUUUCCCCUGUCCCACAGCCCAAAUGCUCAUUCAGUCUGCACCAGCCUGCCAUCACACCUGAGAAUACAAUCCAUUCAUUCUGCUGGAYGGGCACAUUACACCUGCAAAUACCUACCUGGGACCUGGGACUCACCUGGGAAUAGCUACCUGUGCCUAUGCUUGGCUCUCCUCUGUGAAUGCUGAACUGCAGCUCACCCUAGAGCCACUGGAUUACACAGCAGAUCCUUCAUUUGAAUGGGACAUCCAAGAUAGAGGAGAUACUCUAGGAGAUACUCCAGGAGAUGUAUGUUUAGGUAGCAGGGACAGAAAAAGCCUUGAUCAUGAACUGAAAUCCUGCUUCUCCAGCUGUCACCAUUACCACCACAAUGCCUUCUCGCUGUAGGACUGUGCUGCAUAUCGUGACGACCACCCUCUUCGCCGCUGUGGUCCUGUUUGGGAUCCUGCUGGCUUACGUGACUGGCUACCAGUUCAUCCACACAGAGCAGCACCACCUGUCUUUCGGCCUGUACGGAGCCAUCCUGUCUCUACACCUCUUCCUCCAGAGCCUGUUUGCCUUCCUGGAGCACAGACACAUGCGCAGCCCCGCCCGGCCCCAGCAUCUGCGGCGCUCCGUGGCCCUGUGCAUCGCUGCCUACCAGGAGGACCCAGACUACCUGAGGAAGUGCCUCUGCAGCGUGCGCCGCAUCUCCUUUCCCAGCCUGAAGGUUGUGCUGGUGGUGGACGGGAACAGGCCGGAGGACGGCUACAUGAUGGACAUCUUCCAGGAGGUGAUGGGUGGAGCGGACCAGGCCGGCAGCGUGGUGUGGAAGGGGAACUACCACAGUGACGGGGGCGGGGGUGGAGGGGUGGGCGGAGGGGGGGCCAGAGCAGCGUCCCUGCAUGCGGAGGAGGCUGCACGUGUGGCCAGGCUGGUGAGGAACUGUCGCUACUCCUGUAUCAUGCAGGAGUGGGGAGGGAAGAGAGAGGUGAUGUACACAGCUUUCAAAGCCCUGGGAGACUCUGUGGACUAUAUGCAGGUGUGUGACUCAGACACAGUUCUGGACCCAGCGUGCACCAUAGAGAUGCUGAAGAUUCUAGAAGAGGAUGCAAAGGUGGGGGGAGUAGGUGGAGAUGUUCAGAUCCUGAAUAAGUAUGACUCGUGGCUCUCCUUCCUGAGCAGUGUGCGUUACUGGAUGGCCUUCAAUGUGGAGCGGGCCUGCCAGUCCUACUUUGGCUGUGUGCAGUGUAUCAGUGGUCCCCUGGGCAUGUACCGCAACUCUCUGCUGCAGCAGUUCCUGGAGCCCUGGUAUCACCAGACCUUCCUGGGCAGCAAGUGCAGCUUCGGUGACGACCGCCACCUCACCAACCGCGUGCUCAGUUUCGGCUACAAGACCAAGUUCACCGCUCGCUCCCAGUGCCAGACUGAAACGCCAACGCGCUACCUCCGCUGGCUCAACCAACAGACCCGCUGGAGCAAGUCCUACUUCAGGGAGUGGCUGUACAACGCUCUCUGGUUCCACAAGCACAGRCUCUGGAUGACCUACGAGUCUGUGGUGACAGGCUUCUUCCCCUURUUCCUGGUUGCCACAGUGAUCCACCUGUUCUACCGUGGGCGCCUGUGGAACAUCCUUCUCUUCCUGUUGACAGUGCAGCUGGUUGGCAUGGUGAAGGCUACCUACGCCUGCUUCCUGAGGGGCAGUCUGGUCAUGAUCUUCAUGUCUCUCUACUCCCUCCUCUACAUGUCCAGUCUGCUGCCAGCCAAAAUCUUUGCCCUGCUCACUAUCAACAAGGCUGGCUGGGGCACAUCAGGGCGGAGGAAGAUUGUGGUGAACUUCAUUGGGGCAGUGCCUGUCACAGUGUGGGGGGCUGUGCUGCUGGGUGGGGUGGCAUACACCAUCUACUGUGAAACCCAGGAGCCCUUCAGUGAGACAGAGAAAGCACUGCUCAUCGCUGGGGCCAUCCUGUACGCCUGCUACUGGGUCAUCCUGCUGGUUCUUUACCUGGCUAUAGUAGCCAAACGCUGCAACAAGAGGGAGGAGCAAUACCACCUGCCGUAUGCAGAGGCAUAAGACAUGAAUCAAUUGUCAGUGUCAAUGGUGCUGCAGGAACAGCUGAGCCAGUCUUUGGCCCCACCCCUCUCAUGCCAUUCUGUCUCCAUGGUGCUAAACCUCUGGUUCUAACGGACAUAUGUGGUAUGAAUGUGUUGUAGAGUGCUCUACCAGUGGUCAUGAGUUACAAGGGCAUGGUGCUUUCCAUAGAUAUAAAGCACAUUAUCAUACAACCCGUUUACAAGAGAUUGUAAGAGCUUUGACACAGGCCUGGAGGUUUGGGCUUAUCGAAACAAGUAUAUGUGUCAGUAUGAACAGUAUGAAGCAGUGUUGAUAUGUCUCCAGCAUGAGWUGAAUGACUGAACAUAGAGACAGUUAGACACAUGUACGGAGGGCCCUCUUUGCCUCUAUCAGGUGACACAAUGAUCUACAGUUGUAUUUCUGUAAUACAGUAAUUUAAAGACAAGCCAACAUUUAUACAUAACAUAACUCAUAAAUACAUUUUUGGUGCUGUUGAACAGUGCCCAAGAUAAAAGUUUAGCUCAUAUGGUAAUAGUCCAAUCUUCCAUCGCCUGCAAGGAUAUUUACAUCCAAUUGAAUGAGUCAGUUKAUUUUGUGUGGGCAUUUUAUUGUAUGAGUGCCACAUUGUAUACAUAUUACAUACAGUAUCAAUGCUCAAUACAGGAUAUAACUUACCAACUGAGGAUAAUCAAUCAUUCAUUCCAUCAUGUAAACUGCUAUGACCAAAGACCACUUGUUUUUUGACGCAUGCCUUACCAUUAGUAUAAUACAAGUACAAACUCCACAUUGCUGUUAUUAGUUGUUAAAUCCAGAAUAAGAAAAUAGAAAACCAUGAUCCCCUGUUAUCAAGUGCAUUGGUAUUAGUGUAGGUGCCAUAUCUAAGUUGACAUGUUUUUGUUGUUGGAGAAUGGAGAUACUGUCGUGGAAGUUUCCACUCUUGUGCUUUUUAAGUUGUGUUAAUAUUAUUUUAUUCGGUGAGAAUUGCAUAACGUGAAAGUGCAAACAAGGCACAAGAAACAACACUUGUUUACAGGGUUGCUCAGCCUCUCUCUACCAAUGGUGCAGUAGGUCAAUUUGACGGUACAGUAUAUUUCCAUGACCACACAGAGGAGAUCAAAGGUGAUAUGACUUUCUUUCCCUUUUCAGUCUGAAUAGAUAUUAAAGUACAAACUUGGUAGGCGGCCAUCCAUAUGCAUUUGCAGUAUUGUCUUGGCUGUAAAUCAGAGUUAGCUGUUGUUGGGGCUCAAAACUGCAACCUCAACAUUAGCCACAGGAAUAAUGUCCCCUGACACGAGACGCAAMAUUGUUUGCAAUUCAUUCAAGUAUUUGUGGCCAUGAAUUGUGAACACACCAUUUUUUCUUCUUUUUUCCCCCAUACUGAAAUUGGGGUUAAACAGAUAAAACAGCUCCCCCAAAAAAUGCAAUACUUUGAAGUUAUUUCCUGAAUGCAAGUAUACUCGCAAUUUAAGCAGUCAUGAAUGGGUUUGGUUUUAGGCAGUGCAUUUAAAAACGUGUUGGAGUCACAAGGCCAUUGAGAGAGGCCAGAGUGUGAGUGGGGGUGGAUGUGGCCAUGCGCAGAAGGGGGGAAGUUAUUUACUGUGUGGCUGGAUGAAUUGGCCCCUUUAGCCAUCAUGAGUAAAAAGGGUGUGUUUUUUACUUUUAUGGUUAUACCUCUAUUUGCAUGCCAAGAAGGAACCUCCCUUUCCCUUAAACACACACCCAUACAGCCCCUUUGGCCGUCUUUCAGAAAUCAGAACAGAAUGCAGGAACACUGAAUUUAGUGUUUAGAAUUGUGUACAGACAGCGAACUGAUCUCUUUUAAUCAUCUGACUUGUCUUCAAACGUAUAUGUGGCCUACCUUUCCCUCUACUUUCAAGGGUGUAUGUAAUGUGACCGUGUAAUAAGACUCACAGUGGUAUAGAUAUUGGGAUUACAUGAAGAAAUUAGAGGCAUAAAUAAAAUACAGAGAUGACUGUGAUUGAUGUUGUAUGGUGUGUAGAUAUCAUAUACAAUAUUUGUUAUAGUAGCCUAUCUAUCAGGCUGAACAUCUUCUCAGUCUACAAUAUUGUCUUUAAUGCCAUUUUUGAUUUCCUUGAUACUUCCUGCCUCUGAUGUACACUCAGUCCCUUGAGCUGUGACAGUUUCAGACCACUCAUAUUUGACAAAUCAAUGGGUCUCAUAACGCUGAGUGACAGUAGAUGUCCACCCAUAUUUUGUAGGCAUAUCUUACAUGGAAAAACAUUCUUAUAAUAUAACUMGUUUGAAUAUAAUUAUAGAACUAUUCAAUAAGUCUUAACGUGACUUAAAAUCUAUACCAGAAUUUUCUAAGCAUUCUCUCAAUGCCGCAGAACAUCUGUCGAGCGUAACCAAAACGCCAUGGCAGCUCAGCUCAUAUAUCAUUCAAUGUUUACAAAAGAAAUUGUUUCAAAAAAUAUUGCAAAGUAAUAUAUUUUCUGUAUUGAACAUAUUCAAAGAUAUUUUGAAGAUGCGUAAGAAUGAUGGGGUGAAGAACAGGCUUAUAUUUAAAAGGAUUAUGGGGUUCUGACAUUUCAUGAAACAGCUGUUUACAUCAUGUUUAUAGUAUGAUGUAGCUAGCACAUCAUGGUCAGUGAAUUCAGUGUAGUUUGGUCUCUAGAGCUCAACAUUGUAACACUGGUAUUUGGUAGUUACAUGGAUGAGAGAUAAGACUUAUUUUAUAUUACCAUUUAGGGAUGAUAUGUAGAUUUAGAACAGGUAGGUAUAACUGUCAUGUAGAAGUAAUUAACCAACAGAUAACAUUUCUAACACAGUAGCAUGGUAAAAAAAAACUCUCAGAAUCAAGCAACAGCAUAUGGCUAUUGAUACACAACAUAACACAUAUAGUUUUAUUGGUAUAGAAUAGCUGGAYAUAAAGUAUUGUAACCACCCAUGUAUUCCAUUAUGAACAUAUUUAAAUACAGUAUAAAAGACAUGUUUUUGGAAAAAGGUUUUGUAUUUCAAUUUCAAUCAGAACAUUUAUUUUUUACACUUGUACAGCGGUUGAAAAACUGUAUGUUUUUGUAUCUGAAUAAAAACAUUCUCAUUCCA